GCUCAGAAUUCCUACCAGAUGGACCCAAGAUGUGCUACAGAAGAUUUAUUGAACACCAAAGACAUGUCAAUAUUCCCAAGAACUCGUCUGAAACCUGAAGUGACCAACUAUCUUAAGAGUGUCUUCUUAAACAAGGAGGUGUUGGCAUCUGUGGGUCUUCAGGAGGCAGAGCGUCGUUUCCAGAAGCUGCUGGAAUGCCUGUCUCACCCGCCUUCAUAUACGUGCGUACGAGCCAGCACCCACCUGGCUCCUCUGGAGGAGAUCAGGGACAGGCUGAGGGAGGAGCUGAAGAAGAAGCAGAUGAUGUACGGCUCGUCGGGAGACGAGGCGUCUCUUCAGAUCCUUCCACACCCGCAAAUUGCAGAUGUGCUUCUCCUUCCUGUUGAUGGCCCGAGGCCCGUGAAGCAGCUCAGCUCGGAGGUGGUGGUGGGCGCUCAGUGUGGCAGUGCCGUGCUGAGGGGAGCUCACGUCUUCGCCCCGGGGAUUGUCGCCUGCCCCAAGUACAUGAAGGUGGGGGACCUGGUGUCUGUCUUUUCUGAUCUGGAGGGCAGAUGCACUCGAGGAGCCACAAGCUUCCAGGGGAACAAAGUGUUUGUUGGGAAUGGACUUGCUGAAAUGGAUCGCUCGAACAUCUUCUGUACAGCUGAACCUCCCAGAGGUGUAGGAGUUCGUAUGGUGGAGCCGCUUUACCAGAGUCCCUCCUUCGAUGGCGUCCUGCCCAGCCUCGCGUUCCUGCAGAACCUGCCCUCUGUGGUUGUGGGACACGUGCUUGGACCUCAACCUGGCGAACGAAUCCUGGAUAUGUGUGCUGCACCUGGGGGGAAGACCUGCCACAUCGCUGCUCUCAUGGGGGAUCAGGGAGAGGUUGUGGCCUUGGACAGAAUCAGGAACAAGAUGGACCGCAUUCGUCAGAACGCACAAAUGCUGCAGCUGAAAAGUGUCAAGGCGUUCUGCUUCAACAGCACUCAGGCCGUGAGCAGCGAUCCAGCAGCACAGGGAAGCGAAGGACCACCUUUCCCUCCUGAAAGCUUUGACCGGGUUCUGCUUGAUGCCCCCUGCAGCGGCCUCGGACAGAGGCCCAACAUGGCCACCACCUGGAGCCUGAAGGAGAUCUGUUCCUACUCGCCGCUGCAGCGCAAGCUGUUUCAAGCAGCAGUGCGGUUGCUGAAGAAAGGCGGGGUUUUGGUGUACAGCACCUGCACAGUGACCCUGGCGGAGAAUGAGGAGCUGGUCGCCUGGGCCCUCGGCACCUUCCCCUGCCUCACACUGCAGCCGCAGGUGCCUCAGGUGGGCGCGCAGGGCAUGCUGGGAGCCGGCCUGUCACCUGGGCAGCUGCGGCUGCUGCAGAGGUUCAGUCCUGAGCUGAGCUGGGACCAGACGGGAGGCACAGCCCCCCUCCCCUGCAGGGCCGACACGGACACCAUCGGCUUCUUUAUCGCCAAGUUCCUGAAAAACUGACUGGAGGGCACGGUUUUUUCCUCACACGAGACGACAAGAUCGGGGACAAUAGACUAAAGAGCCCACUGCUGUUUACAGCGUCCGCCCCUUAAACAGCUGCUCCGAGAAACCGCGGGCCAUGUAGGGAUAAGCUUUAUAAACACGGAGGACAUGCGGGAGGAAGGGAC